AUGACAGAAAGAAAGAAGGUUUCGUUUGGUGGGAGCUCCACCUCAGAAGACGCAGAUGAAAACUCAUCGGUUUUUUCCAAAGAGGGAGUCACAAAUGUGAGGACAAGAAACCGAAAAAAAUCCCGUGCUCUUAGUAGACUGUCAAUGAGCUCAGUAAGAAGUAAAGAAGAGGGAACAGAGGCUAAAUCGCGCGUGGAAUCAGUGGUAAGUGUAUAAAAACAUGGAAUAAACAUUUGCAUUCAUGAAGAAUAAGUUACUUAUCAUAUGACCCGUGCGGCCCCCUUGUGCGCAAUCCCAUAAAGCUGACGUGUGCAGGGCCCGACGGGUUGACAUGAGCCGAUCCGAAAAAUGAUGUCCGGCCCUGCACUCACAUGGCUUUUUGCCAAAAUUUGAAGGAAAAAUGAAUAGAUUAAAAAGAAGUGUUUUCGAUGCAUUUUACCCGUGGGUAUCGCUUAAUUCCUAUGAUAGGUUUGUUGAUUUAUGUGAACCAUAUCAUGCGCUAUUGUUGAAGAAUUACUCACUUUGCUGUUCCUAGAAAAAAGACAACAAACUUCAUCAACUAAUCCUGGCUGGGAACGAAGAAGAAGCAAACAGGAUUAUCGCCAAAGGAAAUGGUAACUACAGUGUUGGAAAAUGAUGAGAACACAAGGUUUUUCCAUGUCUCACAUGCAUGGCCUUCAUUUGAGUGGUAAAUAAGCCGCUCACUAACGCUGAUUUAACAGUUUCCUGUUUUAAUCUCCGCGACCAAAUCAAAGUUUACUGGUGAAAAUUUGGGUUUAGGUGGCUCGGUGCUCCCUUUACAGGACGUCUUGAGUUAUGAUAGUUACUAAUUAAUCCAGAAAGCGGAAAUAUAACUUAUUUUUCAUUACCUCGUGAAGCACGUAAUGAUAGCGGCGCCUGUAGCAAGUUAUUCUGUUGCCAUAUGGAUUUGUAGCAAAUGGGGAGUUUUUGGACGGUAUUGAAAAGUUUGCAUUCAACUGACGUGGAUCAGUUUUUUAAAGCAAGAGCCCCUGGAUACAAUCAUGAAAGAUUGUGAAGUGGUGUAAGUCAUUCGAGGUCGUUUUACUUUUACAUCAGAUAUUGUAGAUAUUGGUGGUGAUUCCUACGUGUUUAUCAGAUAUAUCUACAAAUUGGCAACAGGGAUUUCUUCCUUUUUCUUAUCGAAAAUUCUUUUUAUAGGUCUAUUUAUUCAAAUGAACGUUUGCAGUAAUAAUUUCACUAACAAACCCCUGUUGAUUUCCCUUCGUUUCCUACUUUUUCAAGAUACAAACCGUCAAGAUAGCUCGGGUAAGACUCCUCUCCACACGGCCAUCUUAGCAAAACAGUUCAGCAUUGUUGAAAUGUUACUGGAGCAUAACGCUGACGUCAGUUUAAAAGAUGAUGCGGGCGACACAGUGUUGCAUACUGCCAUACGAGUUGGAAGUGAGAGACUGGUGCAGGUUAGAAUUAGGAUUCGUUUAUUUCAUUUUAAUGGUUGACGUAAGUUUGUUCAGGUUGGUAGGUACAUAUUUUUAGGAAAAUUCCGUGCAAAAAAAAAAAAGAAAAGAAAAAAGCACAUACACAUAUUUACAUGCAGUUUGAGUGUGAAUCUUAACAACUUUCAGUAAUUUUUGAAAUCUUUUCUGCUAGGCAAAUGCGAAGUUUUUAACAAGGUGCCUUUUCUGUGGUUGACGAAGAUUGUUUCUGAAACUUAGUAAAUGUGAAGCAAAUCGAAUUUUUCUUUUUCUUCCGAAGACUCUCAUCGAACGUGGCAGAUGCAAUGUUUCUGCUCUGGGGCGAAACUCGGCUACUCCUCUUCAUCUUGCCGCUGAGAUGGACAACGCCAGUAUCUGCAAGAUUCUGGUAAGUUGCACUCUUGGCUGCAAAGAAUGGUUCAACUCGUGGGGUCCACAUGUUCCUCUAUCCAGUCCGGGCUCGAGAUUUGAAAUUUCGAGAAUGCAAAUUUCACCCUUUUUUUCGUCUCUUUGUCCUUUAUCCCGUGCAGAUACGGGUCUUGGCUCUUCCUCUAUAAAGAUGACCUGGCAGAGGCUUUCACAAGUUCAGUAAGCAUCUGCAUAUACCCAAGACGGGACUAUACAAGAAAAGUACUCUAUGCUAUCCAGCUUAUUCGGAACUUACGUAUCUCCCCUUUACUUGUUUAUCCAGGUAGAGUACCACGCCUCAUUGUCGCCUUUGGAUGCUGAGCAGAUGACACCUGUUGCUCGCGCUGUUGAAAGAGGAGCUCAAAAGUCGACCCAAUAUUUGUUACAAAAAGGCAAGUUCUGCAGAUUCCAUUUCAAACCCCUAAAAGUGAUGUCUUUAAUGGGUGUUGUCCACUCUCUAAUGCAAGUCAUCGGGUCCGAAUCUCUAACUCGAGUUCACUAAAUGCCUUUAAAAUUGAAUGUGGAAUAUCAAAGCCAAAUGAAUCACAACAGCCAAUCACAACAUACGGAAAAUCAACAUACUUUAUUGACUUUCCCCAAGGGGGCUUUUCAAAGACAAUGUUAUAAAAAUAAUCCUAUUACAAUUAAAAAAUCCUAUUUACAAUUAAAGAUGUUUUAAAAUCUGAAUGUUCUAAAAGAAAAAUAAAAGCAUACAAAUAUAUAAAAUUACAACUCUUUGAGUAAUUUGGUCCUUAAACGUUUUUUAAAAACCUUAACGGAGUUGCACAGUUUAAAGGAAUUAUCCAAAGAGUUCCAUAAGUUUACAGUUCUAUAGAAAAAUGUUCUCUGACCGCUAGCUGUUCUAAAGAAUGGAAUUUGCAAAAGCUGCGAAUUUCUAGUGCUACGUCGACUAACCUCGGCUCGCUUUAUGAAUUUUGAUGAGAGGUAAUCUGGAGCCUGACCAGUCAUGCAUCUGAAGGCCAUAGUGGCGUUCCGGUAGUAAAGCUGGCUUUGAACUGAAAGCCAAUUUAGUGCCUUGCGAAUUGGUGUAACGUGGUCAAAUUUACGCGCACCGCUAACAAUGCGGCAUGCGAAGUUCUGCACCGCCUGUAACUUGUCAACAUUACAUUUUGAGGUAUUUGACCAAACAUUGGAACAAUAAAAUAACCUGCUGAAAACUAAGGAAUUAAUAAUCAUCAAAAGUGUACGUUUGUCGAAAACAUGCUUGAUCCGGUUUAUUUGGCCGAGGCGGGACAUGCACGAGGAAGCGGUCUUAAUUAUGUGUUCAUCGUAAGUUAAAUUAGAAUCCAAAAUCACACCAAGGUCUUUGGCGGUGUCUGCGGGGACGAUGUCCUCACCCAUAAUGGAAAGGGAGCGAAAUUGCAAUUUUGCACGCAUCUGCCUGCUGCCAAAUAUCAUCAGCUUGGUUUUGCCAGGGUUAAGUAACAAUUGGUUGUUGGAACACCAUUCUCCUAUUUUAAACAAGUCGUCUUCCAAAUCAGCAAUUGCAUCCAGGUUGUCUUUAAGUUCGAAGGAAGUGAUGAGUUUCGUAUCAUCUACAUAACUCUGAGUGCUGCAUUUCUGUGGGAUCGAUGGAAGAUCGUUCGUAUAUAUGCUAAAUAGUAGUGGGCCUAAGAUACUUCCUUGAGGGACGCCGUUGGUCACGGACAAAGGCUCAGAUAGCGUUGAAUGGAUUCGUACUACUUGUGUCCUGUUGCUUAGGUAACUACGAAACCAUUGGAGAGCGUCUCUGGAAAUUCCGACAUCUUGCAAUUUUAAAAUUAACGUGUCGUGAUUGACGCUAUCGAAAGCUUUGCUCAUAUCUAAUAGAACAACUGCCGUUAACUUCUUUUUGUCAAUCGCGUUAAGAAUUGUGUCAGUUGUUUCAAUCACAGACGUUUCACACGAAUGCCAUCUCUUGUUACCGCUUUGGCUCUUUGAUAGGGUGUCAUUCGAUUGCAGAUACGAGGUGAGCUGAUUAUGUACUACCCUUUCGCAAACCUUUGAUAAGACUGGUGUAAGUGAGAUGGGUCUAUUAUUGUUUGCCUGUUCCUGGUCGCCCUCUUUUUUUGGGAUUGGUGUAACCACAGCUGUCUUCCAUUUUGAUGGAAAAAUACAGUUUUGAAAGGAUGCAUUAACGAUAGACGUUAUUGGGUGAACAAUUGGAUUAAGACAAUCCUUGAUGACACGAAUCGGGAUUUUGUCUAUCCCUGGGGCCUUGUUUGAAGGCAUCGCUGCUAUUAUACGUUCUAUUUGUUUAUAAUCAAUGGUACUCAGUGUGAACUGGUCAGAGAGAGCGUAUUGUCUCGGUACAAAAUAAUUCUGAUUAAGUGUUAGGUUGCAUUCAUUAGCCAGGGACGUAAUUUUGUCAACAGUGCUCUGACCAACAGAUACGAAAAACUGAUUAAAUUCGUCUGCAACAGCUUUGUCGCUCUUACUGUAUGUUCGCUGAGAUGUAGAUUUGCAGGGGAUGCACUGGCGAAUUGCUUUCCAGAUAUUAUUGGUGUUAUUUGGAUUCCUCUGGAUUUGUUGGGCCACAAAUUCCUGUUCAGCAAUUCUGAUUUCCCUCUUUACUUCCUGUCUGAAAUAUCUGUAGGCAGUCCAAGAUAGCGGAUCAUUUGUUUUCUUUGCUUUCUUACGCCAAUCAUCCCUGGUCUUCAUCAAUCCCCGGAUGUUGUCUGUUACGCAUGGAUUUGGUUUACAGCGUGCUUUGAAGGUUUUAAUUGGAGCAUGGCGGUCGAGUAUCUCAGUAAAUAGCGAAUCGAGUGCAUAAAGUUUGUCCUCGACAUCGUCGAAAACAUCAACUAUGGACCACGGUGCCAGUGAUACGUCGUUGCUAAAAUCAACAGGACUGUAGUGUUUAAAACUUCUGGUUGUAAUAUAGACGGGUUUGGCGCGCGCUUUCUUCAAUUUUAAGGUGAAUCACGAGGAACCAAUGAGAACUCAAAAGCAAAACGAGUGAAGCGCGGAAAAACGCUAGUGAAUAAGACGCGAUUGAAUUAAAUUUUGAAUCUGAUUUAAGGAGGAGAGGCAUGCUCUAGUUUUCUGGUCAAACAGAGCGAAAUAAAGCAAAAUCAAUGCAAUCACGGAUUACUUUCGACACUCGAUUGAAAAUGUCCCUAUAAAUGCAAAGUGUGCCAAUGGUUUGGGCAAUUCUUCGUAACAGUUCUUUAUUUAUUCAAAGUUAGGUGCUGGAUUUGAAACAUGCCUUUCCCUUAGACGGUGUGAAAUUUCUAUAAGCUACACCUGCAUGUACUUAACUCAUAUAAAAGUUGCUACUGAAUGAUUUAGUUUUGUCGUAUAUACAUUGUCAAGGGAAUAUAAUUAUAAUUGAUAGCACACUUUUCAAUUUACCCAUAGCAAUUUGGGUUUUGAUUACACCUCGGAAGAUUUGAAUCGAUAUUUUCUUACCAUGCUUUUUAUUUCUGAUUUACGUCACUGAUAAACGAAACUGAUUCAAUGAGUUUGCCUACCUCUGUCUGUUAAUGUCAUCAGUCAAGCCCCACUUUAUUAUUUUGACUGAGAGCUCCACGUGGCAGGUUUGGCAAACAAUAAUAAGAGGGCUGCAAACAUCAUACUAACAAAAGCGCACUUUGCUUCGCACCACAGCGCAAGAAGAGACAGGUUCUGUAGAGAAUUUCAAAUAUAACGUUGACAUGGACGGCAGCUCUCUUCUUCACUUGGCUGUAAACAGUGGAAUUUUAGGGGUAAGAAUAAUAUGUCGCUGAGCUGUGAUAGCUUCCUUGUUUGUCAAAGACAUUCUUUAUCAUCAAUUCUAUUAUGUUAUGUGAAUCUCACUAAUGCAGGGUAUGUUCGUUUUGUCAUAGGUUGUGGAAACAUGUGUCCAGUAUGGAGUUCGCAUCAGACAACCAAGGGUAUAGGACUUAACUUCACAAUAGUUUUCAGGUUUUAUUUAGUAAAAAGACUUUGGUGGCAAUCAAGAUAGUCGAAACAGGGACAUGUGAAAUGUUAAUUUUAGAAUAGCAACAUUCUACAUAAAGCGGUCAAUUUAAGGGAAAUGUUGUAUGUCCUUCUCAUGCCUUGACGUAGAAUUUAUUGUUCAAUUAUUUCUUUUAAACCAAUCUACAUCGAUCACUGAAAAAUACCAAAGCAGUUUAAACUUUUAAUUCGUUAUACAAAAUGCUUCUUGCAUAGAAUUAAGCUAAGUUGUCGGGUUUAACAUGUAGUUAGACUUCAUAGCAACAUUCCAAUAGCCACGGUUUUUUAUUUCCAUCUUAUAUUUGCUUUACUUAUCCCACAGAGAGAAGAUAAAAUAACAGCAUUUCACAUGGCAUGCGAACAGGGAUCCUUGCCGAUAGUGGAGUACCUCGUCAGCAAAGACCCCGCUCUGUGUAGAAUAACUAUUGUGGACUGCAAGGGGAGGACGCCGCUUCACAUGGCUGCUGGUAAAAACCACGCUGAGAUCGUAGAGUUCUUGUUGGAGAAUGUACGUAUCAUUAGCUCGUCGGUAGAUUAAAGAUGAUGCAGUCUUAGGGUCAAAGAUCUUGACAAUAUUGUCAGUCAAAUUAUUUCGUCGCCCUGGUCCAGUAAAUGUUUAAGGAUUAGUAAGGAACCGCUCAAGUCAAAGAGAUGACCUUAAAUCAUGUAAUAAGGCUAUGGAAAGGAGGACAUAGAGAACUCGCGAAAAAAAAACACCGACACUAAGACUUUUAUUUGCAAUUGUGACAUUUGCUGCGUCUUGAGAUUCCUAAGACUAAUAUAACCUUUAGUAAAUGCCAUUUAUGGUAGUUUUGAACCUUGUUCAUUGAACUUGCCGCCUACUUGUAUCGUAAUAAACUUCCAGACCCCAUUUAUGUUUAUCUUAGAAAACCGGUUUGAGUAAUUGGGAGUUAAAGAACAAGGGCAUCCUUAAUCGACGUCAAGGGUUUUUGUGAACCGCACCUUCUGGUUUUGCGUUUGAGGCCAGGUUACUGAGUUGUUUUCAAAGUAACGGCGUCCGUGAUCAAAGUUUUAGCGCCUUUGAAGACAAAUUUCGUAUUGUUACGUCACUCUUUGGAAUCUCAACCACGGCAAUCAGUGAAUCAUAUGAUUGCACGUUUUAGGGGCAGUGAUUAAAAUGGUUUUUAUGGUUUCUUAAGCACAAAUUUCGUCUGUGCACAUUGGCGAGAGUUAACACCAUUCUUCAAUGUCUACUCUGGCUCAGGUUCAUGUAAUAGUUUCCACUUAGCUAGCUUGAAAAGGUCACUCGGCAAAACGAGUGAUACUGUCAAUAUUCUAGGAGGCUUAUCAACGCAUACCCUGACCAGUUAUGACGUAUUAUCGGCUCUGAAGCAUGUGCUUUCACAUUUAAGUUACAAGUUCCAAAAUAUUUUCGGAAUUAUACCCAGUCUGCACAAUUUCGCUUGCUUUAGGGUCUUCCUCCUUUGGUUUGUUCCCUUGAAAGCGUGAAAAAUUUCGUCAGUGAGACCAGUGAGUUUGUGCGUCAAAGAUGUUCUCUAAAAAACAACACUAAGAUCUUUUAUGCAGUGGCUUGUCAAUUACUUAUUUGAUACAAUUCCUUAUUUAGGGAGCAGCUCUUGACCCAAAGGAUGAUGAGCGGCGUUCACCGUUGUUCCGGGCGGCUAAUUAUGGGGCACACAGUGUAGUGAAGCUUCUUAUGGAUCACGGAGCUGACGUCACUGUACGGGACAUAAUGCUUAAGUCUGUGGUCCACGCUGCUGUGGGGGAUGUGAAAUCUAUGGAAGCUUUGUUACAGGUAAGGGUUGCCACUCUAUUAAAUGUAGGUUUUAAUCAUAUUUGGUUCUGACUUGUUGUUGGGGGAUUUCGACCCCUUUUGCCUGUUUUUGCUUUUGGCUGUUGAUCACCAUGGUGGUUGUAGAAAGCUUUUAUGCCUUAUCACUUAGAUAACUGCGAGUCAGGCUUCAGACUAUGAUAAGUUAGGUUCAACUGAAACCAGUCAACUAGGAGUUAAGGCUCCGCUAUUUCCCAGUGAGAGAAAAGGUUGACAUUGUGCUUUCAUUCGGCCCCCAAUGAAUUAAAUUUCUCCUUAUCUCGAUUUAAGGCCGCGUCCUUCGGUUUUGUCUGUGUCAUGCAGAGCAGUUUUUGUCAGGAUGUAUUGGAUCUUAAUAUCGUGCAUCAUAUUUGUUUGUCGAGGAUGGUUUAAAGGGACCUUUGAAAUUUCCACCUUGAAGUCUCCCCCCUCAUCGGAGUAGUUAUUGUACAUUAGAUUAAAACAGCGUGGGGAGAAUUCUCUUGUGAGAUAUCUUUAUAAGUUUAAUUUGUUUCCUGUAAAUCAGUUAUGGAAAUUUUCUAUUCACAGAGUCCAAUAGCUGCUGCACUUAUCACAGAGAAAGACGAUGAUGGUUUUUCACCAGUUCAUUAUGCAGCAAAAUCAGGGGACUUGAAGGUUCGAUGUUCACAUGCUUUAGCAUCUUGAAAACAUUUAAAAUGUAUAAUUAACAAUAAAAAAGAAUGAAGGGGGUAAGUUUCUAAAGAAACUGUGGUGGUGCUGCUGCUUCCUCGGUGGGAGAGUGUAACAAGGUAAUUUAGUAUUAUCAACUGAUUUGGUAACGUAAAUUGACCACCGUAAAGAAUUUAAAAGCUGGCGCUUCGACCGACGAAACGUUAGCUUUUGAAUUCUUUAAGGUGGCCAAUUAACACUAAAAAAGGUUUAGCAAGUUAAGUUAGAGGUAUUUUUAUUCAAUUCUUUAACAGAAUAUCAAGUUGUUUGCAACCAAAAACCGAGCAUCUUCCAGUGUUUUAUCUAAUAGCUUGGACACUCCAAUCCACGUGGCUUCCAGGUAUGAUUUGAAUUAAUUUAUGGCUUAAAAAGGAUGUUUUCGGUUUGGAAAAAUAAAUUUUAAAAAAAAUUCUUAAAAGGGGACUCAGUCAUGUUUUAAGUAUCUUGAAGUAUCUCUUGGAAAAUUGCUGAGCCACAUUUCGUUUAGCGAGCUGCUUUGUGGGUUUAUCAAUAAAGGGCAAAAUUACUGAGCGCUGAUUGGUUGAGAGAGAGGGCAUUUUUUCUUAAUCGAGGGCAUUUUCAGUAAUCAAGAGAGGGCAUGAUUACCUUGUUCAGUUAAAAGCACUUUGUUGUUUUUCUGUUGGCAGAAACGCUCUGUUGAAAUGAGCUUUGUUUUCUAGACUUUUGGCAGUGUAUCACGACACAGUUUUGGAGAAUAAAAUUUCAUUGAAUCGAUUGGUCAGUUCAAUUUGAUUGAUGAUUUGCCGUAGCGCUAAACAGGCUUCCCAGAUAAAAAUAGACUGCGCGCGUGAUUUUCCUUCGUAUAAAUUUUGCCCUUUAUUGAUAAACAAGUAAUCCCAUGAGACCUCGUACUAUUAAGGAUUAAUUGCACUUGAGUUUUCAAAAUUUUCCAAAUUGCCCUCGUCGCUUCGCGACUCGGAAAAUUUUGGAAAAUUUUGAAAACUCUCGUGCAAUUAAUCCUUAAUAGUACUUGGCCUCAUGUGAUUACAUAUACAAAACAAGGAGUGUUGUUUGAGCUUUGCAUCUUGUUGUUUCAAAGAAUAUGGAAAAACGGGAAUUACGAAGCUCUUCCACCACUGAAAGUUAAGAGCAACACCAAUGGUGCAUUUCUUUAGCUAGCUAAAGGGGUAAAUUGCACAGAAGAUAUCCAAGGCUUUAACGGCACAAUGGAAUCUACAAUCCCUCAUUUCAAAGGAUGGAAAAACAACAUGAGAAGAAAACAGUUUGCCUCGUAGUGGCUGGUCUGUUCGAAAGGGCCUUGAUUUGUCCCCUAAAGCAUGAUCAUUAUGUUUUAUAAUGGCCAACUAAAGAAACUGACAAUUCGUAUACUUUCGAACGUGCAUCUGUCCUGUCAUAAGAAAUGUGCCACCGAGGUCACGUAUGUUUAUGCCCCAAUCAAGUAGUCUGAUCGUCCGGCUGAGAGUAGUCUUGAGAAGGAGAGUUUUUAGUAGUAACGACUGACGUUUUGACAACCUUAGCAGUUAUCAUCAGAGUUGACUUCGCUGAUGACUUCUGCUGAGGAUGUUGCAUGGUGUGACUAGCCCGAAGCUGUCCUUUUUAGCCUAAAAAUUCGUCGAUUUGUACGGUACUGUAACGAAGAUUACCUUCCUCUCGUUAUCCGCUUCAAAUCUCUCAGAGCGUGAAAGCUCUGGGAAUACCUACAGCUUUGUAACUUAAGGCUUUUUAACGAUUAUGUUGCGAGCAUUUUUUUGUCAAACGCAUUCAAGCCUUCUUCUAAUUGCUACAAUAGAUACGGUUGGACAGACGUCGUAGUGGCUCUCAUGGACAAUCAGAAUGUGAAGAUCGUUAAUCUGGGUAACAGUCAAGGGAAAACGGCCCUACACUAUGCUUGCUCAGAAGGACAUGACCGCGCAGUGGACACACUCUUAAGACUUGGUGCUUUAGUAGAAAAGUAAGAGACUCAUCACCACCUAAACUAAGUAGGAUCGCGUUUUUUUUAUUCUUGGACAACAUAAAAAAAUUGCUUGCCACAAGAUGUUCUAGUCCAAACAUGUCAUCCGUUUGUAGGGAUCAGAGGUGAAUAAACGGUAGAGUAACAGAAGCGACAUAAAUGCAUCCAAACACCAUACAAAACACCUGUUGUUGAAAGACAAUGCACAGGCGAACAGUUCUAAAGAACCCUCAUAUCUUAUGGACAACAUUCAGUAGACUUGACACUAAAUUCAGCAUGACAGCCCUGAUUUCACUUUUCGUUUUAGAGAUCAGAAUGAGCGGACCCCGCUUCAUUUAGCCGCCACCAAAGGUUCCCUCCUCUGCUGUCAAGUCCUUGUCAAUAAAAAUGACGAAUGCAUCAACGACGUGGAUAGAAGCAAGGUUCUUGAUCUUUAAAAAAGCUUUUAAAUGAACCUAGUUAGUGAACUCUAUAAGCGCCCGCCUGGUUUGAUGUUAUUUGAUGAUGUAAGAAUUUUACUUUGUUAAUUAACCGUUAGCCGACCGGAACCCUAAGGAGUUUGGCUUGAACGCGUUAAUAUAUAGAAAAGAAGGAGAUGUGGUUAUGCAAUGGUUGGAGAGUGGCUACAAAGGUUAUCAUUACUCAGGCCGGUGUCAUUUCGUAGUUCUUUGCCGUAAAACAUGCAUAUUUUACUAUUCUCCACCAGCGCAUGUAAGUGGCGACCCCUUAGAGAAACUUUUGUCUUUGUGCAUAGAUAUUCCGCAAUGGAUUGUUGCAACUUGAAAAAAUUUAAGGUCUUAAACGCUUGGCCAGGAAGCUGACCUUGAAUUGUUUUACUGUCGUUCAUUCCUUUUCUUAUUUUCAUCUUUUUAUUUACAGAAUACAGCCAUGCACUUAGCAGCUAUCAACAAUCAACCAGAGGUAAUGGAAUUUUUUCUGUCACAUAACAAAGCUUCCAUUUUGAGGAAUGGAGAUAAUCAAACCAUAUUGGACAUAGCUGUAUCUUUGGAGAUGAAAGAAGUUGCGGUGGUAAUUGCAAAACACGACAGGUACUGCAAUCCUUGGUUUGAUGAUCCGCCCUUACCUGCUUCAUUCUCAAACUCUCAUGCAUGUGGGAGCAUAUUAUGCAGCAUGCAAGUGUACUUUAACAUUUGUCUGGUCGGCAAAAAAGAAGGUCCAGUUUAGAUCAGUGGAGUGUUUGUCAAAGCAUAGAAUCUGAUGUAAAAAUUUGACCUCAUGAGAACAAAAAGACGGUUCAAAGAUAUUCAUUGUGUUUUUUACAUUUAGGCUGAUCCUUGAAAGCUGCUGAGUGAAUCGAUCUUCUGCUUUCUACAAGAUAAUAUAAAUUUAAAGUAUAUUUCACAACUGUUGAACACUAAGUUUUGCAAAGUGCCAGGAUACAAAGCCACUGGAAAGUUGUAGGUGGUUGUGAUCGGUAAUUAAAGGAAUCAACCGCGCGAGAAGCUGCACCCCAGGCUUAGAAAAUGGUGUCGUCUCUUUUAGAUGGCAAGAGGUGCUUUCUAAAAGCACUACUGGUUUGGUUCCCAUCAUGGAUACGUUGAUUCGUAAGAUGCCCGAAGUAGCUGUGGUAAGUGGCUAGUAGUAAUAACACUCAUAUAAUGACAAGUAAGAGAACUCAACCUGCAAAUUAUUACAUGACCGAAGUUCUUGAUCCUUCUCAGCCAUUUGUAAAAAUUAUUGAGGUGCAUAAUAUUGAGAUGGAUUAAACUGUCUUUGACAGCUGUCUGUUUUUUUUAAAAUUAUCUUUGACUUCAUUCUGUGGUUUGUUUUUGAUGAGACUCAGAGAGAACAAAGAUCAACACCGACGGCACGAAACAGGUUAAAUGCUUAGAAAUAGUAAUUUUUGUCUACAUCCCGUAGUUCUUCCUUGAUCAGAGCGUGGAGAAAAAGGGUGACCCAGAAUCUAACCAUUAUUUGGUGAGUCCACUUGACAAUUGUAUUUAUAAAAAUGAUUCCCCUCUCAGAAGAAAACGCUUAGGUGCAAUUUGCAGCUAAAAUUUCGAUUUCAUUUUCAAGACGUACUUGAAAUUGAAAACUAUCUUCGCAGUAAUGAACACUACUGUAGUAGUGAAAAUAAGGCCUGAAAAAAUUCAGGCCUGCCUUGCCUCAUAUCUACGAAGAUCGCUUUCAAUGUCAUUUCCCAAACCGCAGUUCACUUAUGAUCUUCAUAUAUUCACAGUCGUAAUUAAUCCGCUUGUUGUUUCGAUGAAUGAGAUUUUUAGUAAAAGAUGUCUAGAUGGAUUGUCAUAUCAUAAUAAGUGGAAAGUGAUCAGCUUGCAUGGCAACUCGAUAGGUCACAUUCAUAUCGAUGGAUUUGAAAUAACUUGGUUGUUACUCCUAGGUGAAAUAUGACCUGAAUCUAGUUCAAGGGCAGUUUCCAGGAGAGCCUUUUAAAGCUGAUAAUAAAUCACUACAACUGAUCAAGGUAAAUUACUACCUUACUUAAGUCGGUAGGUCUAUUUUAGAUUAAUAUUUUCAGAUUUACUGGCACUUGUCAAUUGUUUCAGGCUGUGAAGUGAUUCAACGACGCCAAGUCAAAUCUCUUCUAGGUCAUCAUUUUGCGUCAGUGAUCAAAUGAAUACGAUUAAUUCCUUAAGACAGCUAACAUUUUUAUUUAUGCGUAAGAUUCAGUUCAUUGAUUUUUUUUUUAAGACGAUGGCGGAAUAUCGGCGGGAACGUUGCCUUACCCAUCCCAUCAGUUUCAUGUUACUGAAUAUGAAAUGGUGAGUAAUAAUUCCAAGGAUCCAAAUUCCAAGUUGAUCUGAAUUCACUCUUUCUUUUUAGUAGUGUUAACUGCUAUCUAGGGCUUUCCGUAAUUACCUUUCGGUAACUUUCACUCUAAGUAAUUUACAUUUCAAAUUGAAAAAAUUGAAUGAAUCUUAGUUAAAAUUGAUCACUGAUACAAAUUCACCAAAGUUUUACACCCUUCUUUUGAUACUCUGAUGACUUUCAUAAAAGCAGCGCGUGGGGAUUGUUACAGAUAAUACUGGACUAAACUAAAUCAAGAGAAUAUCAACACUUUACGAUCUUUUGACUUAAUACUGAGGAGUAAACUUUAUUUCAUGUCACCAUUAUCACGGCAAAAACCGAAAAUUGAAAAAAAAUUUUAAAAUUUUUUUGAUUUCAGGAAAAAGUUUGGUUGGUGGACAUUUGGUUUGAACCUUGUCUCCUACUUCUUGUUUUUGAUUCCGCUGACCGCUUUGACUGUGUACGAUCGCACUAAUAAAGACAUCCAUUGCAAGAAAGACAAUUCUACUGAAUCUGGUUAUGAUGUAUGUGUCGUAUGAUGUAUGAUGUAUGUGUCGCAAAUUCAAGGAAACUGAAAGUGAGCGGUUGGACUAGGCGUUAGUUCGCCUUCUUCUAGUGGGGAUUAUUGAUCUUUUUCAUGUUUCAUAAAGCAUUUAAGUGAGUUUAUUAACCUCAAGAACCUCAAUUUUCUAGGGGAACAACUAAAAAGUAGAGCGAUGACUGCAAAAAUAAAUUUUCUUAACCCUGGCUGGCGCAUAAAUUGGCCAUGGUUUUAAGUGGGCGCGUGACAGACUCUCCUCCAGUCGGGAAACGCUGUUCUUCGAAUUCGAUUCAGUUUUAUCUCCGCGUAAGUCAUAUAUUCCCCCCCCCCAACCUCGUUUCCCUCAGUAAUGCUCUUAACGUCUGGAAUUAAUUAGCGUGCAUCUGUGAGUGAAUGUGUUGUUAUUAGCGCUUGAUUAUCUUUUUAUUUACCUUGUUCUUCUCUUUUUUUGUAGGAGACAUGCACAACUUCAGAUGUGGUAAGGACAACUUUCCUUUAAAAAUAGUCAACAUUACCGUUGUGUUUUGUAUGAUCGUUUUUGCCUCUUGAUCAAAAAUGUGGAAGCAAUCUGUUCUACUCGUUUAUUAUAUUUUGACCAACUUUGUAGGGAUUGAAUUAACUGUUAAAAAGGAAGCGCCAUCACUUUUCCACACAGACAGUACUCUAUAAAAUAAUGUGACCUUAUCUUUUUGUAAUUGAUGGUUUGAGUGCAAACAAUAGAAAACUAUGGGACAUAAUUUUCACUUGGUACAAGGUAAGAUUGAUUGUAGGUUGUGAGCAAGUCUAUAAUUGAAGCGGCGAAGCCUGCGAGGGGUCUGUGCCCAUAUUUACAUUUCUCACCAGCAAGCGAAGGGAAUGUCGGUAGAGCCUUGUGUGAUGUAUUCUAAAGAAAGUUGUUAUUUGCUUCUUUAUGAGCUUGGGACAAAGAAAAAACUGGUCAGAGUCCUUCCACCUCAACAAGUCAAACGUGUUUCGAAUUUUGUAACUAAACUCAGCUAUACAUAUACGUAACUUAUGCACUUUUGAUUUUGUUUUUUUGCUUUUUUUCAUUUUUUCAGGUAACACAGGUUCUAAGCACUUUAACUUUCAUUGCUUGCGUGGUUCUGAUUGGAAAGCAUGUCUUCUCGUUAGUUCGUAAGGUAAAUAAUAAUAACUUUACUAGAAUCACUUUGACAAGUUUUUCAGUACUGUCGGACAGUCAAUACAUUAUUUAUUGUCAGAUAUUUCCUGUUUAUAAGACAUGAAUCAGAAAGAGUAGAAUAGUUUUUAAGGAAAGAAAAAUAAUUUUCUUUUCUUUCGCAAACAGCGUGUUGCAUAUUUAAAAAACUUCCUGAAUUACGUGGAGUGGUUAUGCUACGUGGCAUCCAUCGUUUACAUCUUCCCAACUUGUGACUGCAAGCGCGGCUAUAAACAGGAAGUUGGAGCAGUGUCUGUCUUCUUUGGCUGGAUGAAUCUCAUUCUUUACUUCAGGAGGUAAUCAUACAAUCAGCUGAGUUCUACACGCAUUUUGAUUGGUCCUUGCUUAUGAUCUAUUGAAGGACAGACGCAUAUAUGACGUCACCAUUGACAAUCUUUUGUCUUUUUGUUAUAUAAAACAAAUAGAUACCAUGAUGCCGCGGGUCGGUUCAGUAUCAGAGUAAUAGAUCACCGACAACGUCACAAUGUGGCAAGAACAUCAGUGACAGACUCGGCUGCGCAUCGUCUGCCACUUCUUUGUUUCUACUACAUUUUGACGUCAUCUGUGAUCCAUUACUGAACAGACACACGGCCAACAUUGAUCUUUCAGAAACCUUCGGAAAUCCCCCUAUUGUGACAGACAGAAACAUAUACUACAACCACUGUGUUCAGAAAAUUUGGAAAUUCAGUACCCUCUUUGCUUACUUUUACGGGACAGACAUUACACUUACAACUUGGUCAAUUAGUAAUAAACAGUGAGCAACUUUCGGAAUCAAAUUUAUCACAGGUAGAUUUUUAUCAGUCAUCAGUCACUAGUGGAUUUCCCCUUCACUGAUCAGAAAUAACGAUGAGGUAAUAACGAUGAGAAAUACUGAUGGACUGAAUGAAACAUCAUUUAUUACGUACAUUAACUUGUCCGGUGUAAGUUGUCAGAUUUUCUUUCCUUUUCUAUUAAACUCAUAAUCUGACAGAACAUGGUUGCAAACAAAGGUGAACUUUAAAAUGAAAAAUGAACUUUAAACCGAGGAUAAAACUGAACUACAGCACUUAUAACGAAGGUGAUCUUUCAAUUGCUGAAAUAUUUACUCCGCAGUUUUAUUAUACGGUUUUCAUAUAAGGUACCUGCUGAUAAUAUCAGCGAGUGUAUCUUAACUGAACAAUCUUGUGUCUCUUUAAGGUUGUCAUCUUACGGUCAAUACGUCAUCAUGCUCACUACAAUGUUUGUGACCCUUGUCAAGGUAUUUAGCUUUGCACAAAAUUGUCUGUUCAAAAAAAGUAAUAGUAUUAAUGGUUCCACAAUGGUUCAAACUGAGCCGAUUUACAGGCGCUAAUAAAGGGUUACAUGUUUAGAAGUGGGGCUUCCCUUAUACACCAAGGUUGUCUUGAAGUACAGAUAUUUUUUCCAAGAAAUCCUUCAUCAGAGAAAUUGUAGACAAAUGUCAUCACUCUUUCAGACAAGUAAGAGAAGCAGAUUGUAUUCAAAUUUUUUUUUCAGCUAAACCAACAAUUAACUAACUCUCGUAUAGAAAAUGCCUGAUUAAUAGCUUUCAUUAGGAUCUUACCCACUUUCCUCAAAUUACAGAAAGCUGCGAACUUUUUGUCAGAGCUAAAUUGUUGGCCAUUGAGAAGCCAUGCCUACUGUGACUGCUCCGCUGUCACCCGAAUAUCAGAUGGGAUUUGAGUUAACAAACGUUACAUGGAUGCGUGACAAAUCUGUAUGAUUUUUCUUAUCUUUAAGGUUUUGCUGUUGUGGAUGUUGUUUAUCAUGGCUUUUGGUACUACAUUUUUUCUGAUCGUAGAUAAAGUAAGUGUACUGUACUACAAAUCAAUCAAGAAAAGUAAUGUAGAGCAUCUCGACAACUCAAAGAGCCACACGGCUAAGUUUGGACACUUGUUCUGACUAAUAAAGUUCUCAUUACGGAAAUAAGCGUAGUUGAAAAGGGAAACACACACACAAAAAAAGCAUUUAAAUGUGCUAGCUCUUUAUCGCUCGGCGAAACUCGCAAGUUAUCCUGAAAUUUUGCAGUUAACCUGCUGUUCUUUCUGUUAUGGCCGCGUUUUACUUUUUAAAGACCAGAAAACCUCCUAUUCACCGGCAAAAGUAAUUACGUGAAAUUUCAAAGAUACGUGCCACUCAAUAGCGUGAUAUCGUGGCUUUUACCUUUCUUACCUUAACGAAAUUAACUACUCUAUGUUUAAGUUUAUCCCCAUUGCACGAGAGAAGAGUUUGCUUCCCACCAAAACUAAAUUCAGCUUAGCAACACUUGGGUUGAUUAUUUACCGUGUAAGGCGACUCUGUAUAUGAUCUGAUAACUGGAAUUAAGUGAACCAAUUAAAAAACCAGAAAUGCAAUGACAAAAUUCAUACAAUGAUAGUUCGACAUUGUUUGUUAGUAAAGAUUUUGUAUGUCAUUCGCAGUGUUAAGCAUAGACGCAUUAUCAUGUAUGCGGAUGUUAGGAUUAAUUCACUCAUUUCUAAGUAUUACAUUUUGUUUGUUCUAUUGUUAGGAACACUUCAGCACUUUUGGAUAUGCCUUGAUGUCAAUGUAUGUCAUGACACUUGGAGAACUCAACUACCACGAUGAAUUCUUGCCUUGGGAUGAAUUAGCUUUCCCGACGCUAACAAAUGUUCUGUUCGUCAUUCUGGUUCUUGGGAUGCCCAUUAUUAUGAUGAAUAUGUUGGUAUGUACUAAAAGCUUUUCGAGAGGUGGUUGACUUUGUCCAAAUAAUAAAUUGUCAUCCCUAUGAUAAAGUGGAUCGUUUUACAGCCCUGGAUGGCAAGUAUUGUUGUGAACAGCGUCAGACGCCUUUCGGAAAAAGGCGCACCUUUUUUCAUUAAUCCAGGAUUAAUUAUUAAUGAGAAGUUUUAUUCUAUGUUUCCAUGAAAUCUUUUGAAUCACACAUUAUUGUGUCAAAUAUGAAAUAUAUGAGUGCUCAGUCGGAUACGAUGUCAUAUGGGGCACACACCGAACAAUAUUUGCAUUUCGUUCUGGAUAUAAGUGAUUGCUUGGCGCGUGGUCAGGAUCUUUCUGUUUACGCAACAUCUCACAUUCAAACAUUCUAAUUUAGGCGGUUGACUUUAAUCAACUUCCUUUAUCACAACGUAAUACUUACAGGUGAACGCUACCUGCUUUGACUGUUCAGUUACUAUUGGCAUUUCCAUGGGAUUUCUCGAUUCGACGAUACAAUGCAACUUACAGUUUCUUCGGAAAAUAAAUACUGAGUCAAUAAAGUCUGUAUGUGGUCUUAAUCACGUGUUUUGAUGUCACUCGCCAGGUUGGUCUCGCUGUUGGUGAUAUCGAUAAAAUCCAACAGAAUGCUUUAAUGGAUCGCUAUGUUCUACAGGUAAGUAUCUCGCUACAUAGCCUUGGACCAUGGCUGUAAUAAAAAGCAACAAAUAACAACCUCACUCUUUAUCGAAACGAAUCCAGUGACCAGAUGUUUAUUAUUGAAGAAAGUGGGUAUUAUCAAACUCAGCUGUAUAACUUUCCCGACAAUCUACAUACCUUGGUGAUCAACGGUAAAACAGUGACCGGUUGUUUCUCCCAUACUUGCCAAGAAUCGUUAAAGGGAGCAUCUCUGUUUACCUGUAAAUUUGAAAUUCACCAGCUUUAACUAGUCAAACAUGACGUAUGAAAAAAUUUUGAAAAAAAUUUAGAGUUGAAUUUGUAAUGUGUUUAAACCUUUUUAGGUUCAGUUGCUGCUAGACAUUGAAAACUCUAUGCCGAUGUUUAUCCUUAAACAUGUACAAGUGCCAAGCUAUUCAGAAUAUCCCAACCACCCCAAGACACUCAAACAAAAGGUAACGGACUCUUAAAAUGAUUAGACCUUAAAUCUCGCUAGCGACGAAACUGACAGAGGGGAUGAAUGGAAUUUUUAUACUUUUCUACCGGCAGCUCGGAAUUCCUUGAAUAAUCGAAAAAUAAUAUAUUUUUUAGCACGCAACUGUGUAAUUUUUCAAUACUUUGCGAAAGAAGAAUUUUGAUAUGCUUAUAGCAGUUUAGUACUAAUAAAAUGGUGAGCCUCGGGCAUGUUUUAUAGUGACUGAUCGUAGGAUAAACAUUGAGGGCAUUACCUCGUCGAUGAAGUGCUGCUAAGGUCGCACACGGCUUGAGGAGAAUUUCUUGAAUUUUGUUAUGACUAUUGAAAGUUUGCAUGAGUUCAUUAACCAAAAAAAAAAAAAACGGAACUAGUUUGUUCUAUAGGGAAAAAAGGUGUUCAAGAGUAAUAAAUACUUUGAGCCUUUUCAAAAUAUACUGAGGUUAUGUUCCUCAGAGGGAACCAAGCUCUCUCAGAUUCUAUGUUAAAAGUAUCUAAGACAAAAUUAUUUUAACUGUCUCAUAGCUGGUAGAUGCCCUUAUUUCUUUUGGCAAACCUGAGUCUACUGAGGUUGAAGAAGAAGAGGAGCUGUCGCCUGGAAUGGUGCAGAUUAUUGGAAAACUUAACGAACAAGAGCAAAGGUUUGUCAUCUAAUUUGCCAAGAAUAGAAAUGAGCAAUAUUGUCCUGGGUGAAGUGAAUGUGAAGUGGUUCGUAACAUCUAGUUCUUACCUAAUUUUCCAUUCCACACAUUGUUGGAAAAUGUAGGUAUGUCUGUAAGCAUUAACUUUAUUUAGUGCAAAUUUGUGUUAGCCUUUCAUUACAAACACAUUGAGAUUUAUUAUGUGUAGAUGUCAAAAUUCCUUACCCGUUAUAACUUAAAGAAGAGUGAAUGAGCCCUUAGUUGUUUUUAAUUAGGUAACAACGACACUAUGAUCCAUUUCCCCCGGCAUUCAGUUGUGAUUGAUACUCAUGGGAAAAUCUGCCAAGAUAAGAAAAAAGGACGGUGGGGCUCCUAAAACGUCUGCGACAUUAUAGUUGAAGUUGAGGUUUAUGGCCCAGAACAACAGUGCUGGUCCUUAGCUUCUUAUAUUCUAAGCGAAAAGACUUCUUUGAAUGGGGUGUUAGACCAUCGUACACCCCAUAGUAUCAUUUCAGGGCUCUCGGAAAGUUCUCCGGAACUAUUUGUACUCCUAGGUAGUGAGAGUCACCGUGACGAUAAAGUGAGUUGCCCAAGACAUGGGUCAACACAAAACACAAUGAAUCAGCCGGAUCUCAACCCCGAAACUCUAGAUCCGCAGUCCAGCUAGCGUGCAAACCUUAAUUCACCGAGUCUAUCACAGCCUAAUUCUUAACAGCGUAUCUUUUUGGAUUUAAUUUUUUUCCAGAGCCGACAAAUUGUACGACUUGUUAAAAGAGCAGACUGAGAUGCUGAAAGAACUUAACAGUCGCGGUCGAGAAGAAGCGGUCCGAGCAGAAAAAAAGACAGAGGACAAUAACAAGACCGACAGCGGAAAACUGGGGUUGUUUGGAUUUUAGCCCUUAUAAAGUUAAUUGACUCUCCACGUAUGCGUGCAUGCUAUUAUCAUCAUCUACAUGCAUGGCAGAGUUUUCUUUCCAAGAACCGAAAUGUGGUUCAAAUUACUCCCUCAGUUAUUUUUCCAAAAUAGCAAACAUAAUGACUACGAGAAAACAUAGAACUGAAAACAGUCUAGUUGUUUAAGAGGAUCAUUUUAAAACGUGAGACUGCCCUGUGUAUAAACGAAAACGUUUUUGAAAGUAACAGAGUUUCGUCAGUAAAAAUAAAGAAAAGAUAACUGUUUCAGGAUUUUAUUUAGUUCAAGUUUUAAUCAUAAAAAUCGUCGCAGCACCAUUCAAUUCCUUUCUCGCCUUUUUUACAUUUUUUUAACAAGCAGGCUACUAAGAUUGAAUCUUUUCCCCACGCGCACACGUAAUUUAUGGCAGGUUGUCAAGGACAUUGCACACGCAAGGCAUUUAAGGUUCAGCAAAUUUUGUUCUUUGGUUGGUUAAUCACGUUUUGCCGCUUUUUCUCUGUUUUCACUUUCUGUUCUCAUUGGCUACUUGUUCUCUUUCUCUUUGGUCACAAAUCAAAAUAAAAGCCCGUGGAGUGGUU